AACAAGACAUGCCACUUUCCUAUUCCGGUAUCGCCAAGCGUGAUACCUCACCCAGAUUGUCAGCGGACACCACACACAGAGCUUCAUCUUGGUCCACGCAGCACCCACGCCAAAUCCCGCAUGGAAAGCAAGACGGACCAGCCGCGGCGCAAAAUGACUUCAUACACCAUCGACCCAGAGAUUGCGGCCGCGAUAACCGAUCAGAUCGAGAAACACAAGGACCGGGAGAUUAGAAAGAUCAACGAUGUGAUCCAUCAAAACCCAGAGCUCGCCUAUAAGGAGCAGCAGGCCCACGACAACUUCGUCGCCAUGCUCCGCUGGCUCGGCUUUGCAGUCACCCCCCAUGCCUACGGCCUCCACACGGCCUUCUCGGCCGAGGCCGGCUCCGGCGGCCGCCUGAUCGUCCUCAACGCCGAGUACGACGCCCUGCCCGGCAUCGGCCAUGCCUGCGGUCACAACCUCAUCGCCAGUGCCGCCCUGGCCGCCUACCUCGGCCUCGCCGCCGCCCUGGCCAAGGCCGGCCCCGGCGCCGGCCGCGUGCGCCUCCUCGGCACCCCCGCCGAGGAGGGCGGCGGCGGCAAGCUCAAGCUGAUCGCCGCGGGCGCCUACACCGGCGCCGCCGCCAGCCUCAUGGUCCACCCCGGCGCCUCGUACCUGCUGACCCCGCCGGUCCGCGAGGUCGCCUUCGUGCGCAUGCUGGCCAACGUCAAGUACCAGGUCUUCUUCACCGGUCGCCCGGCCCACGCCGCCAUGGCGCCCUGGGACGGCGUCAACGCGCUCGACGCCGUCUGCCUGGCCUACAACGCCGUCUCGAUGCUGCGCCAGCAGAUGCGCCCGCACGAGCGCGUCCACGGCGUCUUCCGCGCCGCCGGCGAGCGCCCCAACGUCACGCCCGCCGAGACGUGCGUCGAGUACUACGUGCGCAGCGACACGCGCGCCGCCGCCGAGGCGCUGUGGCUGCGCGUGCAAAAGUGCUUCGAGGGCGCCGCUGUUGCCACGGGGUGCGGCGUCAGGUACGAGCGGCUCAACUCGUACGCCGACGUGCGGCCGUCGCGCGCGCUGUGCCGCGCCUACGUCGACGCCAUGCCGCCCGGCACCGUGGCGUUUGCGGACCCGCCCGACUUCCUGGCCGGCAGCACCGAUAUGGGGGAUGUGACGUACGAGUGCCCCGGCUUCCACGGCGCGUUUGGCAUCGACACCGAGGUCGGGCAGUCGAACCACACCCCGGCCUUUGCGGCGGCCGCCGGCACCGUCGAGUCGUUCCGCCGCGCCGUGGGGUGUGGCAGGGGCAUGGCGCUGGCCGCAUGGCGCGUGCUGAGCGACGAUGCGUUUGCCGAGGAGAUGAGGGCCGAGUGGGAGGCUGACAUUCACGCGGCCAAGGAGGGUUAGGCGGCCGAGAUGUCUGGCUCAUGCUUUGGGAUCAUCAUGGUCACAAGAUCACUUUGAGAAUGAUGAUUAGUUCGAUUGCAUCCAUGUUUGUACACUAAGCGUAGGUGAAAGCUAAAGACUCGCCUCCAAGAUCGGGUCCUCUUGGAUUCCCAUGUCCCGCCGCGAUUAGAAGCAGGCAGAAUCCGGGAUCCCUCUAGGGUCUUCGCUAUUCCGAGGAUCACGGGGCCUGUACGGGAUCUCCCCGAGAGGGACGAGGAAUUCCUUGACCUUCUGUUCGCAGUCUAGGUUCAUUCUGCGCCUGACCUCCCGGUCCACCGCCGCCACGGCUUCCUCAUACGUCGCCCGGCCCAAAAGGUGCACUAUAGCCUUGGGAGUGCGCGGUAUCAGACGCGGGCUCAACAGCGUCGACUCGCACCUGCCAAAUGCCGCGUCGAACGCGUGCAGGAGCUUCCGGGACACCAUUUCCUCUGCCCGCCUCAUGAAGAGCUUGUGUCGGAGGCUCGGAAUCUCCUGAUCCAGGUCAUCGUAGCUGCGUUCGACGAACGUGAAGGCAAUCUCAUCCUGGAGCUCGGCGAGGGGACCCGUCACGACGGUACACGUCUCCUUAAAGUGCUCCUUAUCGACUACAUGUUUUUUCUCGGUCCUGAGGGGUUUGUCCUCGCAUACAAGCAUAGUGAGGGCCGAUAUGGAAGCGCGCGUGAUGGCUGAGCUGGCGUUCAUGAUUGCGGACAUGUGGUGUGCCGGGAUCGUCGGGUUGGACAUGUUGAGUUUGGUGUCGGGUGCUUGCGGCAGGAAUAGAAGAGUUGAGGUAUGUCAGAUAGCUACCUGGGUGGGUGGGUAGGUGGGUGGUAGGUGGGUGGUAGGUGGGUGG